AGAGAGAGUGAGAGAGAUGGAGAGAAUGAAAGAGAGAUGGGAGGGGAGAGAGGAAAGGAAAGGUGACUGGAGCUGGAUCAUUAAUCCUAAGCACUUUGUUUUGACAAACGGAGAGCAGAGAGAGAGACAUACACAGAGAGAGGGGGAGAGAGAGAGAUGCUGCAGUCACUAAUCGGAGCGAAGGAGAGAGAGAGGAGGUUAUAUAAUAGUUGAAGAAAGCGCACUGUGUUUUGCUCCGUGGUUUGGAUUAGCAGCUAGCAAGAUGCUGGCAUUUCUCUGAUUUCUCUUCACAUCAGUCUUCCUGCUGCUUCACACUGCUGCACAGCAUGAACGACAGAGCCGGGGACGGAGGAGAGGGAUGGAUGGAGGAUCAGUGGGAGAAAUGGUUGACCCAUGAUAUAAGUUUGGACGAGUUUGAGGAUGAGGACUUGUCAGAAAUCACAGAGAUCAGAGAUGAGCGAGGCCUCAGCCUUAACUGCCAUGGCCUCAACAUCAAGGGUCAUGUGGUUCGGCCAUCGAGUAGCAUGGCUCGAAGGGCGGACCCAGGCGCAGCGGGGCAUGUCUGCUCAGAAACACUUCCCUUAGAGACGAUCGGCGGAGCUGAGGGAACACACACUGGUGACACACACGCCACUAGUGCACGCUCCAAGGAUACAUAUACCAUGGAUACCUACAGACCCAAACGACCCACAACUCUCAACCUGUUCCCACAGGUGCCCCGCACACAGGACACACUAAACAACAACUCGUUUGGAAAGAAGUACAGCUGGCAGGAGAAAGUCUCACACUCGACUUCACCACAAAAAGCAGGUGACCUGACAUCUCGUGAGCACAUCUGUUUAAGUGAUGAGGACAAAAUCAAGACAGAAACCAAAGAUUGCGGCACCUCGACAGACACGCCCAACAAACGCCCAGCCCCUCUUAGACAGGCUGCUCUGUCCGUAGCUCCGCCCAUUAAAGGUAGCACGUGUGAACAGUCCGGGCAUCGUGAGCGUGUUCGAUAUCAUACAGAUCUGUGCGUAGGGCCUACUGAGGAGAUUUAUCUGACUCCUGACAGACCAGGCCGCAUGUCAGCCAUCACAGACGACGAGGCCCCGCCCCCUUAUCACCCUCCACUUCAGGAAAAGCCGAACGCACCUAUCAUGGACGACAAUGAGGAAGAGCCUCCGCCUUCUUAUGCGUCCUGUGUGGCAGCUUCUGCAUCACUUGACCUCAAGAGUAGGAGAAAAAUAAACAGCCUAGAAAAUGCAGAGCUCAGGAGGAGAGGAAGGAAAGAAGAGGAAACGGAGGAGGAAGACGAAGAGAAAAGUAGGAUUUUUUCGAACGGACUCUCGUACGAUUCAGUAAAAUACACACUGGUGGUGGACGAGGAUGCACAGCUGGAGCUCGUGAGCCUGAAAGAUUGCUUUCACAGCUACAGCGAUGACAGCGACUCGGCCACGGUCUACGAUAACUGCGUCUCGUCACCAUAUGGUGAGGAAUUCGAGGAUGAGGAAGUGGAUGUAGAUGAUCUGCGUGCUGCCAGAAGGGCGAGAAUGGGUGGAGCCAGACGGGAGGCCACUGCUUGCUUAUCAGAAGACUCCACGCCCGAGGCGGAUAUUCCGUUUUCUAGAAAGUUCCUCAACGUCUUUAUGAACGGGCGAUCACGCUCUUCCAGUUCAGAGUCCUUUGGUUUGUUUUCCUGUGUUGUUAAUGGAGAAGAGAGAGAUCAGAGUCACCGAGCAGUGUACAGGUUUAUCCCUCGUCAUGAGGACGAGUUGGAGCUGGAGGUGGAUGAUCCUUUACUGGUGGAGGUUCAGGCGGAGGAUUUCUGGUACGAAGGAUACAACAUGCGCACCGGAGCGCGGGGAAUAUUUCCCGCCUACUAUGCCAUCGAGGCGACCAAGGAGUCUGAGCCAGUUAAAAAAGUGAGAAGCGCAGACUGGAUGGAGAGUUAUAGGCUGAAAUUCCUCGGCUCUGUCCAGGUUCCCUACCACAAAGGGAACGAGGUGCUCUGUGCCGCCAUGCAGAAGGUGGCCAACAACAGGAGGAUGACUCUCCAUUAUAAUCCUCCUUCAUCCUGCAUACUGGAAAUCAACAUGAAAGGAGUGAAACUGGCAGUGCAGGACGACUUCGGAGAAUACGACAGAACUAGUCAGUGUGGUCACUUCUUCCAGCUGAAGAACAUCUCUUUCUGUGGCUACCAUCCGAAAAACAACAAAUACUUUGGCUUCAUCACUAAACACCCUGCAGAUCAGAGAUUCGCCUGCCACGUGUUUGUGUCUGAAAACUCCACUAAGGCUCUGGCCGAGGCUGUUGGGAAAGCCUUCCAGCUGUAUUAUAAAGAGUUUGUGGAGUUUUCGUGCCCUACAGAAGACAUCUAUCUGGAAUAAACACAGCGCUGCUAGCAGAUCCGUGUACAGAUGUACAGAAGGACUGUUUUGCAUGACGGGUGAAGCAGUAACAUAACUGAUACACUAACACAGAGGAGGCUGGAGGACAGCGUUACACACUUACGGAUUUUAUGGACUGCCUGAAGAACACCUACCGUAUCAUCACACCACACUCACUCGCAGUAAAACACAUUACUUUAUACCUCACUGCUAUUAAUAACACCACAGAAACUCCGAGAUCAUCAGUUUUAUGAAAUCCAAAUGUCACUAAUUCUGUAGUGAAACAGGAAACAGGAAAGCAGCCAGUACACUGGUCACUCUGCUCUGAAUGUCGAAGGAUGACGUCUGAUUGGCUCUCCAGACAACCAGUUUGAGACAGGAAAACUUUAUACUAUAUGUAGUAAUUAAUCACCACACUGAAAAACCACACAGAAAAUCACAGAAUCAUGUUUUAUUCCUGAUUUCUUAUGAAGUCUGUAUGUAACGUUAAGUUAAAAAAAAAAAAAAUCCUCUGACCACAAACACUCCGGUUUCUUGAGCUACAGAUGAAACCCUACAGGAGCUCGACCGGGACAAACGUCACUCUGGACCACAGGAACGUCUGUCUGCUGCACUAAUCACUAUGUAGUGUGUCGUUGUCUGAAAUACUCCACUAAUGAUGAAGUACAUCGCUGAAUUAACACGUUUCCUCUUCAACCUCUGCAGUAUUUUAGUGCUCCAGAUUAACUUAAUGUUAACAGCUUUUCUUGAGUAAUACAGUGAGAGUCGUUUCCAUCAACUGAGGUGAUAAAGUUUAAUCUACACUACGGCAGUGUGCUGAUAGCCUGGACAUCACAUGGUGGAACAAUGAUCCAGAGAAAACCCCAAGCUUUCCGUUUUACAGUUUCAUACGAGGAUUUUCUGAGCUGUUGAAGAUGCUGAGCUGCUGAUUAAUAACCGAUCUCAGUUCCUAGUAACAGACUCAGACUUGCUCUUCUGCACUGCACUGUUUCUUUUAAUAAGAUAUUUCAUUAUGAUUUUGGUUGUUUAUUCUUCUGCUGUGGUCAGUCUACUGUAGCUAUCGUGUACAGUACAGUAAGUACCAAAAGUACCAUCAGGAUAUAAACCACAUCAUCUUUAUCAUCACGCACGGUUCGGACCGCAUCAAGUUUAUCGUUCAGUAGCGCAGACGCACUUCCUGGUUGUUGUCUCAUGCUGUAUGACACUGUUUUAUUUAUAAAAACGCAUAAACGUAGGGGCCAGAGAACUCAGAGACAGCAGUAGAUGAAGAUGAAGAUGACGAAGUUAGGCAUGGCUUUCCAAAGUGAUAAGAUGAAACAUAACGGACUUCCUGUGUAACGUAACAUGACAUGGGAAUCUGAUUUUGUUGUUUCCUUAACAAUAGAUCCAGACUCUAGCCUGUGUUCUAGCUAGUGAGGAAGAGGAAGUCCUGUUAGUGUGGUAGGAAGAGGCCGAGGGAGGGAGAGGAGAGGAGAGAUAAUGAACUGAGGGUUUGAUGAGUGAGUUAUGAAGCUUCCAUCCACAAAGUUAAACUGGUGGCUAUUUCUGGCUGCACUUUAAUAUUACUAUUAAUAUUACAGCAGAAUUUGCAGAGCUGUUGAGUGAUGAGUGAUGUUUAAAUAAAAACAAAUUAUUGUUCAAGUUUACACAGGGAUUUAACUGAUCUGGGGAGCACAUUUCACAAUAAGAGUCAUUGGUUUAUUUUAUCCUAUAGUGCCUUUUCCAUGGUUGAUUUCCUCAUCAGCGUUCAGCCUGUGAAUGUGUUGAGUUUAACGCUGCAGCGUCAGACAGGAGUGUUUUCAGACAAGCAUAAGUCCUGUCGCUGUUUUUACAAGGGCUAAGAGAAUAUACGUAUCGGACAGACAGGAUGACGCAUGCAGUCAUCACACAGAGUGUCCUUCUAUCAACUAAAGCUUUUUAAAAGAAUUUUAUCUGCAUUAUACUUUUGCUUUGAAACUUUUUUGUUGUUUUAAUUUGAAUCCCGAAAUUCAUGAAAUUCCUCCACACCUGUCGGAGCGAUGAAUGAACUCCUGAACUCGUUGUAAUAAAUCAUUUUGUAAAA